AUAUCAUAACCUGUAACCACGGACAAAUUUUGAUAGGUCGUUGGAAUGCCUUUUUACGUCAAUUAAUUAAUCCUUUAUAAUAAUACAAUAUUCAAGAAUAAACAGUAAUAAAAAUAACUCUUGCCAUUAAAUUUCCUUCUUUACUUUUUGGUUUUCGAUUUCAAUUUUAGUAAGAAAGUAAAAAGAAUAUCUGCUGUCAUUGUCAAUAUUGUCAUGUCAUUAUUAGGUUAAGUUUUCAAAUUUAUAUAUUUUUUUCAUAACAUUUUGAAAUUAGUGAUAUUUUCAAAAUGGAUUUAGAAGAAAUGAAUGAUAUAACACAAACAUCUAACAAGAUACAAAAUAUUUCUAGAAAGACAGGUCUACGUGAAGGUAUUACUGCUGGACGAGAUAGUAAUUUCCAAAAAAGUUUUGACAGAGGCUUUGAAGAAGGUUUUAAAAAUGGGUUUCUAUUAGGAAAAUAUAAAGGAACUUUAAGUGCCAAAUCAAAGCAAACCUCUACAGAAGAAAAAUUACACCCUCUUUUAGAACAUGCCAGUCGUGGAUCCUGUGAUAUAUGUAAAAAUAGUGAAUCUAUACCAAAUAAGGAAGACAUCGAUACUCUAAUAGAUACACAAAAAAAAUCUUUUAAAAACACUGUACAAAUAUUAAAUUUAGAAUUUAAAGAGGGAAUUAGUGAUGACCAAAUUUAAAUAAAAAAAAUACAAGAUAUGAGGUGCACAUUUUAAAGUAUUGGGUUAGAAAAAUUGAUGAGAGUGUUGAACUGAUCUACAUCAUGAAAUGAUACUAUUCCAGGUGUAAAUAUUGUUGUAAUUUAAUAAUAAACAUGUG